ACGGCUAUUAUUCCGGUCUCUCACUCUUUCAACUUAUCGGAAGCAGAAAAACCCGGGGAGAAGAUCACGGAAGAAAGACCGAUCCGACCACUCUCCAAUUCUCGGACCACAUUAACUCGGCUAACUUCCUCGCAAAAAAACUCGUCCCUGCAAUUUAAGCUCCAAUCCCUUUGCCCAUUUCUCUUGAUUCUUUCCCUUUAGGUAAGAAUCCACUCUCUCCUCACAACACCAAUUCUCUGUCCCAAUUCUUUCUGAGAGUUUACCGUUACCGUUGACUGUGUUACCUUAUCCUUCAAGCUAGCUAGACCCCCACCCAUUCUUUUCCUUUCCCCCACAGAUCAUGUCAUUGUAAAAUCGAUAGCAGAGUUACGUGGUCGAAAGAAAGAGCUGCAGAUUUCGUGUUUGUUAUAUCUUUACUCUUGCUAACUUACGCGUCGCCGGGGGUCUGAAAGGGUUGUUCUUGAAUCCCAGGGAGGGGGGAAAGGCUUCCAUUUCUUUCUGGGGAUUUUAGAUUUUUAUUCCUUUUUCCUGUACAGAACUACAGAGUUUUUUUUGGGGGGGUGUUUGAUUUGUUUUUGGGUGUCUUUUGAAUCAAUGUGAUUGAAGGACUUGUGAAUUAUAGAGGCCUGCUUUCAUUUUCAAAAUUUAGGCAUCAAGAUAGAGAGAGAGAGAGACACUUGUUAAAAUAGCGUCCAGGUAGUUUUGAAAAUGUCUGUUGCUGAUGUUGCUUUGAGUCCGGUUCGCCAAGAGUCGGUGAAUUCUGCCGGGUUCUGCGCCAGUGAGCUCGGGCAUUGCUCCAGUGAAUCGAUCAUCUUGUACCUCAGGAUCGCCGGCUCUGUGAUCCCCAUGCGUGUUCUAGAGUCUGACUCCAUCGCAUUGGUGAAGCUGAGGAUCCAAACAUGCAAAGGGUUUGUGGUGAAGAAGCAGAAGCUUGUGUUUGGAGGCAGGGAAUUGGCCCGGAACGAUACUCUCAUUAAGGACUAUGGCAUUACUGGUGAGAAUGUAUUGCAUUUGGUUCUCAGACUUUCCGAUCUUCUGCACAUAACUGUUAGGACCAUUUGCGGCAAGGAGUUCGAGUUCCAAGUUGAUAGGCACCGGAAUGUGGGGUAUCUCAAGCAGCGGAUAGUCAAGAAGGGGAAAUGUUAUGAUCCUGAAGACCAGGAGCUCUUCUGCAAUGGGGAGAGGCUCGAGAACCAGAGGCUCAUUGAUGACAUUUGCAAGAACAAUGAUGAUGUUGUUCACUUGGUGGUUCAGAAGUCUGCAAAGGUCAGAGCUAAGCAUUUCGACAAAGAUUUGGAGCUUUCGGUUGUGGCAUCUAUUUCUGAUGAAAAAGAUGAAGCAAUUGAUGAAGAGGAUAACAAUCAGAGCAAUGGGAUUCCGGCCAUUGCAUGGGAUUCACCUCGUACAUGUCCGGAUUUCCUGUUGGAACCAAUCAUUGUCAAUCCCAAGGUUCAGUUGCCAUCUUAUAUAUGGGAUAUGAUCAACUCUACCUUCAAUGGUAUGGUGAAGGGCAGUCAGCCUAUAAGGUCAUCUGAGGGGACUGGAGGAACUUACUUCAUGCAAGAUUCUUCUCAGGAGAUCAUAUCGGUUUUCAAGCCUAUCGAUGAGGAGCCUAAUGCAGUCAACAAUCCCCACGGCUUACCUGUAUCUCCAGAUGGUGAAGGGUUGAAAAGAGGAACGAGAGUAGGAGAAGGAGCCAUCAGGGAGGUGGCUGCAUUCUUGUUGGAUCAUCCCAGAAGAGGGCCUCGAACAUUAUCUGGCGAGACUAUGGGCUUUGCUGGGGUGCCACCGACACUGUUAGUUAGGUGCUUGCACAAGGGAUUUAAUCAUCCCCAUGGAUUUGAUAGCUUAUCGGAGAAUGUUAAGAUAGGAUCGUUGCAAAUGUUUAUGAAGAAUGAUGGAAGUUGUGAGGACAUGGGUCCUGGUCGUUUUCCCAUGGAGGAGGUGCACAAGAUUAGUGUUUUUGAUAUCAGAAUGGCUAAUGCAGAUAGGCAUGCUGGCAAUAUUUUGUUUGGAAAAGGCGAAGAUGGUCAGACUGUGCUCAUUCCAAUUGAUCAUGGAUACUGCCUGCCUGAGAAUUUUGAAGAUUGCACCUUCGAUUGGCUUUAUUGGCCACAAGCUCGCCAGCCUUAUGCAGCUGACACCAUUGAGUACAUAAAAUCUUUGGACGCUGAGCAAGAUAUCGCUCUUCUCAAGUAUUAUGGGUGGGACAUUCCUCUUAAGUGUGCCCGCACUCUUCGUAUCUCAACCAUGCUUCUGAAAAAAGGGGUGGAGAGAGGUCUCACCCCCUUUGUCAUCGGUAACCUCAUGUGUAGGGAAAAUAUCAACAAGAAGUCAGUGAUUGAGGAGAUUGUGAGUGAAGCUCAGGAUUCUUUGCUUCCCGGCAUGAGUGAAGCCACAUUUCUCGAAGCCAUUUCUGAGAUCAUGGACUCCCGGCUUGACAAGCUUGCAAAGUAAUUUUCCUCGAAUAUAGGUAUAUAUUUGUACGUAUUGGAUCAAAAUUAAUAGUCCAUUUUUAGAUGGAUUAAAGCUUGUAUGAAAUGUGGAUGGCUUAUCUAAGUUUCAGUUAAGCCUCAAGUUUCCCCUUCAUUUCUGUCAACUGACAGGAUAUUGAUAUAUACCAUGACUUCUGUCUACUGUUAUGAAAGUAAUCAUGAAUAAUAUGUAUUCUGAUAUAUAUGAA